CGUGUCUUAUGCAUCAUUAAUCACAAUGCUAUAAUUGCUCAUCCACUUUCCCCUCCUUUCCUUCUCUGUCCCAAAACCUUUCUGUCUCGCUCAUUUCCUUUCUUUUCUUUUCUUUUUUUCUUUCAAGUUCUAAAUCCUGUUUCAUUAGCUGUAAGAAUUACGGUAUCACCCUAGUAUACAUAUAGAUUUUUUUUGGAAAUCUUCUGGCUUUCUAUUCUGGACGGUGGAAGUUAGCCUUUUUAAUCUUUGGUCAUGGUGUCUGCACCAUCAAACAAGAUCGAGAUGGCUCACCAGAUUUACAGAGACGGAAAGUACGAGGCAGCUCUUGGGUUUUACACAGAAGCCCUUUCCAUGGCCAAAACUAAGGCCCAGACGAUCGCUUUGCAUAGUAACAGAGCUGCUUGUUAUUUGAAAUUGCACGAUUUCAAAAAGGCAGCUGAAGAAUGCACAUCGGUGCUUGAGCUUGAUCAUAAUCACGCUGGUGCACUAAUGCUGCGGGCUCAGACACUUGUCACUCUCAAGGAUUACCAUUCCGCACUUUUUGAUGUCAAUAGGCUUAUGGGGUUAAAUCCUUCAUCAGAAGUUUAUCGUAAUCUUGAAACUCGCUUGAGGACACAAUUGGCACUGGCUCCAAUACCCGAAUCUGAAGCUGAGUUGGAAGAAGAGGAAGAAAAAGAUGAAAUAGAACCAUGUGGACUUGAGGAAGAACAUGGGGAUGGAAAAGCAGAUGCACCUAUGAUAGGGACUGAUAAGAAAACUGAACCUUCUAGGACUACUGAUGCUGAAGUCAUUGUGCCUAAAAUAUCAAACGUGAGUAGAGAGCACAGAUUUGAGACUAGAAAGACAAUUGCUGCUGAAGCUAUUGCCCAAGCACAACGGAAAGUUGAGCCUAGAAAGACUCUAGCAGCUGAAGUUAUUGCUCAAGCACAGAGGAAGAAGGAAUCAUCUGAUCAACAUUCAAAAGGAUGGCAAUCAAUUCCAAAACCCAAGGGGCACUCGGCUUUGGAUUAUGCUCGUUGGGACAGAGUUGAGGAUGAUUCAAGUGAGGAUGAUGACGACGACGAUGACGAAGAACAGUCUCAGCCUCAGUAUCGAUUCCGUGUAAGAACUGUUGGUGUGCGACCUGUGAAGUGAAAUUAAAGAUUACGAACAUAAAGAACAGCACUUAUUCGUAGGAUUCUGCAAUGAGAGAUAUGAAAGAGGGAGUGAGACUCAAUGGGCUGGAAGCUAAUCGCCAAUUGUGUCUUAACAUGGAUGUCAAAGCACUGGAUAGUACCAGUAAUUUCGGGCUGGCGAGAGAGACCAAUGAGGUCAUGGAGGUGGAGGUGGAGGGUUUUGGUGAGGGCACUUGUGGUGUUGGAUUGGGCAUAAGAGACUUUAAACUAACAAAUGCCCUCAAGUACCUCUCCUACUAACUUCAGUUUGAUUACUUUGGGCAAAUUCUGUCUUCUUGGUACUAAUAUUGAGAUGCAACAAUCUUUAAUCUCUUUUAUUGCCCUUGCUUUCCAAGAGAUUUUCCUUGAGGAGGUAUCAGAGCAAAAAGUCAUAGCUGAGAUCCUGCAAAAUUCAUGGCUACAUGAUCAGUGUGAUUCAUGUAUAUUUGGUUUCUUGUAUAAUAAAAGAUUGUUGUAUUGUGGUUGUGGUUGUAAUUAUAUAAUAUAGUAUUUUGUUUUAGAUAA